CGAAUUAGACAUAACAAAACAUCAAAGGCGUGCAAGGUGUAAGAGUAAUAAUAUAGGACUUCGGGUUAUAAAUUAACUUGAAUGGGUUAUAAAUAAACUCGAAUGGUAACAUCUUUACUGGCAUUUACCCGAUAAUAUCUGGUUCAACUACAUAUAUGCUGAAAGAUGACAUCGGUGAGAUACGGUCACAUGGUUAUAGUUAUUCGUCACUGUGGAGUUAUGUUGACCAAAGAAUUGUUCCUGAAAAGGAUUAGUGAUAUAACACCGGGAAAACUUGAUAAACCGUGGACUGUAGAUGAUUUCUUAAAAGAAUAUAAAAAAGAAUUACUAGGCUAUGAGCAUAUAAAAUCAAAGGAACAUAUAUUCUACCCUGGAGAGAUGGAGAAAGCAAAGGUCGAUGAGUGGGAUUUGAGCACGUUUUGUCUCCUGCUAUUAGAGUUCUGUAAAUUGCCGAGAAAGAUUCGCCAGGAUAUACUUUGCUUGAAGCAUCUAAGAAACAAGGUUGUGCAUUUUGGAGGAACUAAAGAUAUUCCAGAGAGCACGUAUAAAAAUUAUAUAGAAAGGAUGAAGGGUAUCUUAAGACUAUGUGAGGAAGAAUUAAACAAUAAAAAGCUAAAAUCGGAAUUAGACAAAAUAAUUGAAAAUAAUCAAAAUAUUCAGCAAAAAGAUGUUGAAGAAGGAGAGAAAGAAUUAAAGCAAUGGUCGAUUGAAGAUGAAAAAUAUAACAUUGGAAUUUCAAUCGAAAACAACGGGAAAGACGUAGGCGAAGUAAAGACAAGGUUGUUGGAUUAUCAUAUGAAGUUUGAAGAAAAUGACCGAUCAACAAAUAUAGAGAUAUCAUUAUCAAUAGGUAUAGGAUGGCAAGGUGAAUACAAGCAAUCGGGAGAACUUGCUGCAGUCCAACAAGACAUAUCAUCAGGAACAACUUCUUCACCAGAAUCUUCAUCAAUGAGAACAUUCAGGAUUUCCAUAGAAAAAAUUAGAGGUGAUGUUCGUGAAAUGGGCGAUCCUGAAUUUGAAACGGCUGGAUCUGGUUCUAUUAUAUUCAAGUUUACAUGUUCUUCAGUUACGUCACUGAUAUACCUUCUAGAUUACUUCAGUGGACCAAUCAUUCAGAGAAGAUUGCUAGAUAUGACAAUGGCAAUUGAAGAAAUGAUAGAUGAUCUUGUGACAUUGCAAGUUUAUGUUCCAAGUAAAGUAUAUGAGGAAACAAUAAAAACAUUAGACGGUGUUUUGAAACACGAAGAGGGUCACCGCACUUUCGCUUAUAAAAGGGAAAAGUUUAGCGCAAAGAUUUUCAAUGACCCGUUGUAUGGCCAAAUAGAAUUGCAUCCUCUAUGUGUGAAGAUUAUCGACACGCCACAGUUCCAAAGAUUGAGGUACAUUAAGCAAUUAGAGACUGUAUAUUUAGUUUAUCCGGGAGCAAGUCACAAUAGAUUUGAACAUUCAAUAGGCGUAUGUUACCUGGCCGGUAAGCUGCUAAGAGUUCUUAAAGAACGCCAACCUGAGUUAGACAUCACAACAAAAGAUAUUUUGUGUGUAGAGGUUGCUGCCCUGUGUCAUGACCUAGGGCAAGGACCUUUCUCUCAUGUGUUUGAAAAAAAAUUCAUACCAGUAUACACUUUUUCGGAUGCUGGAUGGAAGCACGAGAUGGCCUCAGUGAAGAUGUUUGAGCUUAUAUUACGUGAAAACAAUGGUCAACUGUAUGAUGACUUCAAACGGAUGAUACCUAGCUUUGAAGACAGAGAUAUUGCAUUCAUUAAAGAACUCAUAGGUGUUCGAAGGGAUAUAAAUGGAGAAAAUUGGCCAUACGAAGGAAGAAACAGGCUAAAGAGCUUUUUAUACGAGGUAGUAGCUAAUCACGUGACCGGGGUAGACGUUGACAGAUGGGACUAUAUUGCCCGCGAUAGCUACAUGCUGGGGAUGGAAAAUGGUUUUGAUCACAACAGGUGUAUACAACAUGCACGAGUACUUACAGCUGAAGGAAGAAAACAAAUCUGCUACAGAGAAAAGGCAGCUCAGGACAUAUAUGAUAUGUUUUAUGCAAGACUUACUCUAUACAGGAGGGCGUAUCAGCACAAAACGCAUAAUAUUAUUGGAUUAAUGGUAUGCAAUGCCUUGCAUGAUGCAAAUGACCACAUUUCAUAUGUCGGAGAAAACGGGGUCAGGGUGAAAAUGUCUGACACAAUCUACGAUAUGAAGGCUUAUACACAUUUCACUGAUGACGUCAUUCAAAAGAUACAGCGUUCCUCCAAAAAGAGUUUAGAAAAGUCAAAAGCUACCAUAGAAAGAAUAGUGCGCAGAGAUUUCUACAAAUGCAUAUGCCAGACACAAGUCAAAGUCACGGAGCAGAAAGAUAGAUUUGAGAAGGUAUCUGUCCAAGAAAAUUUGUUUAACAGGAUUAAUCAGAAAAGAAUUGAUGAGAGAGAUUUGUCGGAAGUCCUUGAAAUAGACGUUGUUAACCUGGAUUACGGAAGUAAGGACAAAGAUCCAGUUACAAAUGUCUGGUUUUUCAAAAAAGGUCAAGAAGAUAUUCCCAUACGAAUUGAUAAAGACCAGGUUUCGUUUGUCUUACCGGACACGUUUGCCGAACAAUAUAUUCGAGUUUACUGUAGUGAAACAGAUCAAGAAUUAUUCGAUACAAUUGAAGAGUCUUUCGCAGAAUGGUGUAAGGAAAAUAAAAUUCCACAACCAAAGGGUUCCCGUAAACCUUUGGCAAGUUCGUCGGGACAGCCUUAAUCAAUCGAGGCUCUUUGACUAGAACAUUCUUUGUAUCAGCAAUUUUAUGGUAAAUUAAGAAAAAAAUAUCGUUGCUAAAAUAUUUGAAGAAGCAUUGGAAUUAAGAGCAGAAUGUUAUAUUAAUUAUUUCAAUACUUUUUUGUAUAGGCCUACACCUGGAAAUAAUUUAAGCUCACUCGUAAAUUUAAAAUUGGUUGUGAUUGAAAGCACUGUCAUGAGAUGACGACUUAUUUAGGCGGGAUGACUUCUGUGGUCUGGUUAACUUAUUUCCAAGUGUAUAUAUUGUGUCUUUCUUCUUUAAAUUGUUGCUAAUAAAUGAAAAUAUAUGUAUUGUCUGAACAAAUGCAUAAAAGUAUGUCACAUAUGAACUAGUUUGUAUGAAGUCUGUGAUCAUGUUUUACCAUUAUCUAUGAUGUAUCUAAUUGAAUUAAUGUAUAUGUAUAUACUGAAUGCUUAAUAAAAUUGAGUUGAGUUGAACAUAUCGAGGUAAAUUAUAUUUCUAUGUAAAUACGCUACUCUUUGUAAUAAUACGAAGAAGAAAACUAUGUAAUAAUCUUACAUAAGUUUAUUUUCUCAUUUUAUUUUUUGUGAAAUUAAAAUAUUAUAGUAAAUAUAGUACUGUUAUAGGCUUUUAGUUUAUACAAAUUUAUUUUAGUUCGAUUGUGUUUGAAGCUAUUGAAACACUCUUGAAUCCGUUUCUGGAAUCAACCAGUACCAAGCAAUGAAUGUAACCGCUUGCCCCUGACAGGGUUUGAACCUACUAGGCUUUUAUAUGCCAAGCCAACUUCAUUGAUAUAAAAUACAAGUCAAGAGAGCUUUUCCCUACACACAAACAAUAAAAUAAAGCAAGAUUCAAUGUUUUAUGUCGUUGUCUUAGACAAAUUAAAAGUAGCCAAGAAUCAACACCACAGCAUAAACUUUUUGAAAAUUGUUAAAAUUUUGUUUUAAACAAAAUGGCGAGAACGAUUAAAUGAAUGCUAUAAAGAGCCGAGUGAGAAAAAUAAGAACGUAUUCAAAAUUUUAAAAAGGUUACAUAUACAAACCUUAUCUGAAUAAUGUUUAAAAUAGUAUAAUAAGAUCUCUCUUACUUAGUUUAAAAAUAGUACUCAUCAAUUAGGAAUAGAAACCGUUAGGUAUCGAAUAAUAAUAAUAAUAAUAAUAAAGACUUUAUUUAACGAGAGAAAUCAUUUGAACAACACCUCUGUCUCCCAUGGGGACAAUAUGAAUUAAAAAAUAUUCAAACUAUUGAAAUAUUUUAAUGUUACAUAUGCGGCUUUCAAUUUGUAUACGAUAAUAUCUUAAGUAUAAGGUUUUAAAACGGGUCGCAGAAGAAUUGAUAUUAUCAGGAAAGCCUUUCGAAUACAAUAUCCAUAAAUAAACAUGUUGAUGAUAGAAUUUGCAAAUGCUGUUCAUAAAAUAAUAUUGAAACUUAAGAUUACUAAAUGUUCGAAUGCCAUCUUUGGGAUCUGAAAAAAACUCUGUUAAUAUCUAGUAUAUAUUUAAAUGUUAAAGACUUUAUAACACGAGAACAAAUCAGAGCAGUUUGUAUAGAUCACUAAAAUAAUGAAAUUAUUACUGUUAUAUAGUGCAUUUUAUCAGUUAAUUUGUCUUUUUUUUUUCUUUUGGUGGGGGGAACGUUAUAUAGACUCACAUUUCUGAACAGUAACUAAGUACUUAUACUUCACUUAAUUUGUAUACAAAUAUAAUAUAGAUCAUUAUUUUAUGAGCAAGAAAUAUAAUUGUACUAGGUCUUUCAUUUUUAUUUUCUUAUUACAUGUAUUUUGUUUUGUUUUGGCAAUUGCAAAUAGGCUAUAAGAUAUUGAACGUAUGUAAAAUACUACAACUGGUUGAAUUUACAUUAGAAUAUACGUAUGUUGUUGUUGUUGUUAUUGUUUUUUUUGUGUGUGUUUUUUCUUAAUUAUGCGACAAUAUUUUGUUUAUUUAUUCAUUUUUUAAUAAAGUUUGAAUUACUUGUACAACAUAAAUCACAUACAUGGACAUUGUAAAUGUAUAAGUUUAAUAGAUUUUUAUUGUUAUGAUUGUUAUUACUGAACAAUGUACUUUUCAUACCCCCCCCCCCACAUACAAACUGAAAUCAGAACGAUGCCACCUUAUACUCUUUAUAUACUGAAUAAAAAUGAAA